UACUGGGAUCGGUCGCACUAUAAGUCUCCCGCGCAACAGAUGGAAGCCUUGGCGAAGAGUUCGACGCUCUACAUUGGUAAUUUGGCGUUUUCGACCCGCAGUCGUCACGUUCGUGCACACUUUGCACAAAUUGGACCCGUCCGUAGCGUGCAAAUGGGAUUGGAUCGUCUCAAGAAAACACCUUGUGGUUUCUGUUUCGUGGAGUACCAUUACCGGACCGAUGCGCUCGCAGCAGUUGCGAAUUUGAGUGGGACCAAGCUGGAUGGCCGCGUGAUUCGGGUCGAACUCGAUGCCGGAUUUCAACCGGGUCGCCAGUACGGACGUGGUCUGAGCGGAGGACAAGUCCGUGACGAUCGACGUACCGCGGCAGAUCCAGCGAGG